UUGUUUUUUUUUAAGCAUAUUAAUUAAUAUGAGGGAAUCUCAAUUCAUGUAAUUCUAUACCAAGAGUACAGCAUUCCAAAAAAAAUGAGUUCAAAACGACCAGAGCACUUAGCACCACCUGAAGUAUUUUACAAUGAAAUAGAAGCCAAAAAGUACACUUCUAAUACUCGUAUGAUAGAGAUUCAAAAUCAAAUGACCGAACGGGCUUUAGAACUACUUAAUUUACCUGCUGAUGAGCCAAGUUUUUUACUUGAUGUUGGGUGUGGUUCAGGUUUAAGUGGAGAAGUUUUGACAGAAAAUGGUCACUAUUGGGUUGGAUUUGACAUUAGCAAAUCCAUGCUUGAAAUAGCUUGUGAAAGAGAAGUAAAAGGUGAUCUAUUGGAACUUGAUGCUGGAAUGGGUGUUCCUUUCAAACCAGGAACAUUUGAUGCAUGUGUCAGCAUAUCAGCAUUACAGUGGUUAUGUAAUGCAGAUAAAAAAUGGCAUAAUCCAAUCAAAAGGCUCCAAAUGUUUUUUAGUUCUCUUUAUUCUGUUCUGGUUAGAGGUGGUAAAGCUGUUUUUCAAUUUUACCCUGAUAGCCCUGAUCAGGUUGAGUUGAUAACACUUCAGGCUAUGAAGUCUGGUUUUACUGGAGGAGUUGUUGUUGAUUAUCCAAACAGUUCCAGAGCUAAAAAGAUGUUCUUAUGCUUGUUUGCUGGAGUUAAUAUGACUAAAUUACCUCAGGCACUAGGAACUGAUGAUUCGAGCACAACAAUUGACUACACUAACUCACGGCAAUCAAGCAAAUUCAUGAUUGGUAAACCAGCUAAAAAAAGCAAGGCUUGGAUUGUCCAGAAGAAAGACAGACGUAAAAGACAAGGAAAAGAUGUGAGAGCUGACUCUAAAUAUUCUGGUAGAAAGCGAAAACCGCAAUUUUAAAAAAUCCUAAAUAUGUUUUGGAUUUAGUAUUCCAUUUAAAUGGAGUUGUAAAAUAUUUAUCGAUCGGAACCUACAGAGUAAAGAUUUUUAUUGAAAAAAGUUUACAGAAACAAAAGAACUUUUUUUAAUAGGAAUAACAGUUUGGAUUAGUUGUUUUGUUUUGAUUUAUUUAUCUGUCACUUUUUCUGACGAACACCAUUUGACAUCAUUUCUGGCGUAUAUCUUUUUUAUGCGUGAAAUGUUUUCUUGUAGCAUGAAAAAAAUUUUUAUAACAUCUAAUAUUUAAUACAAUGGCAUUGGUUCUUGCACCGUUACACUAUAUUUUACUCCCUGAAGUAUUUUUUGAUGUUGUAGCACCAUUAAUACAUUAUUUUUGACAUGGUGAAACCAUUAAUUUCAUGAUGGUACUGUUUUUUUCUA